AUAACCACAAGUACUGCAAAGCGCACGAACACCCAGGGAUCCCGAGGCUGGCUGUGGCUGCGGCUGCAGCUGCUUUGGUCCUGAUUAGUAGUGUGCCGAUUCACUAACCGUGUAUGCACUCUCGCAUCACCUGCACUCACUCGAAUCCCCGAUGAACACCAUGAUCCCAUUUCACCAUGUGCCUCGGGGCUCUAGUGCGGCCGUGGAAGCCUACACCAUGUUCCUGGUCCAGUGCGGAGUACCCCGAGGCAGCGAGCGGUUCGAUGCGGCCCUGGCAGCGGCCGGGCUGGGUGUGAGCACAAUACUGAACGACCCCAACUUCCCGGAAGCCCCUGAGAUUCCCGAAGUCAUCACCGAGGAGGUCACCGUUAGCAUUCCUCUGCCCGAGCUGUCGUUGAUGCCCGUUGAUGAGCCAGAGAUCUCUUCUCCGCGUCGCAGCGAGGGCUCUCGUCGGGCUAGUCUGGUUGUUCGAUACGCCCAUCGGAUAUCGAUGUGCGAGCGCCCGAUCGAUCUUGAGGACGUCGUCGAGACCCAGAACAGUUCCGCCGAGGACCAGGAAACGCAGCCGCCUGUGGGGCCGCCCGAGACUGCUGGGGAUAUACCUGUCAUUGCAGAAACCAGCACACAAGCCCAAAACGAAGCCGUGACGGAAGCACAAUCCGAAGCCGAGCCUGUCGCCGAGGAAACCGCGACCGAGCGGUCUGAGGCUACCAGACAACAAGACUCGCCGAUUCCCAAGGCGCCGAGUAUCCCGAUGUCGAGCCCCGGUCCUGUGGCGGCAUUCCCGAAUCCCAGAGUGCGGCCACCCGCGACAGCAAGAAUCCCAGGCGAGGGUAAUGUCCUCCAGGCCAAGCUCUUCGACCCGCUCGCCAACCUCAACAUGCCCAACCCGCCACGACCCAAUCCAGUCGUCGGCACACGGUAUCCAUAUUCAUCCAAAUCCAAAGUCAGCACACCCUCCGACGGCUUGGGUCCGGUUGGGCCGUUCUCCUACCGCAUCCAACCAAGCCACCCAUCUUCCAGAGACCCACGACCACCCACGAACUACGUCGGGGCGCGAGACAAUCACAUCGUCGGCCGAGGUGCUCUCAAGCCCAUCCCAAAUCCAUCGGCCCCGCUGUUGCCCCAGAGCAUGAAUCCCGCAACGAUAUCAAAGCAUCUGACCAACAAGCCGCUCAAGUACCUCCCGGAGCCGGUAGUACACGGGGCAGAUGCGACGGAUGCAGCAGGCCAGAAGGCCGACACUUUCGAGCCUGUCUCGGCGGCGACAGACCACGAAGUCGGCUCCGGCGUUGCUGGCGCUGUUGGGGCGACUAGUGUGUUCCCUGGACCAGGCUCGAUAUCGUCGUCGUCUGGACAAGGUAUGCCCAUGGGCAACCGAUCGAGGCUGGGCGGGUCGACUGGCGAUACCGCCGUCGUUAUUGGCGAGCGCAGCCAUAGCUUAACCGAUCAUAAGCGAAUCGACCCCGACUAUGCGGAGCCACUGGCAUACCAAUCCAGACUGGGUGGCUCUCAGCUCCGGAUCUCCCAACCCGACAGCGCCCUCGCUGGUGCGUCGCUUCGGUGGGGAGCAUCCCAGACCGUGGGUAUCCGCGACCACAAGCUUCCGGUGCUCUCUCACCCCGGAGCCAAAACCAUGAGUGCUACCUCUAUCCUUGACGAUCCAGAGCCAACAGCUGGUACACGAACCAGGCAAGGAUCGGAUGUUUCGGCCCAAGGGACAACGUGUGUGCCUGGGUUCUCACCGCAAGUAGAGUCGUUGUACAUCGGUCGCUCGGAGGUCCAGAACGCCAUGGCAAAGUCCCUGAAUACUGCCAUCCAGAAUCGGAACCGGCGGCUUGUCGCAGGAAGUCUGGUACCGACACAGGGCAAGAUCGAGCCGCUGAGGGGUGGCCGGCCCGGCCAUAUCACAGACAUCAACCCUGAUCUCAAGAUUGGCCCCGCUGUCACGUACAUCGCUGGGGAUCAUCGCACACUUCCGCCGCUCCAGCCAAAGCGAGAUAGCCUCGAGCAGAAACCAGCCCCCAUGUAGCGGGGGGAGUCUUGGCCUUUGGAACCUUGGUUGCUUGUUCUGGAUACUGAAUAUACACAUGGACAUC